GCCGGUGGGAGACUCCCCGCUCUGUUCGGCCGGUGGGCGUUGCUUCCAAUACAAACCCUCUCUGUAGCGGCGGGGCUGCACUUGUGAUCAGGGCGCGGUCGCUGUGGUGCCCGGGCGGGACCAGGGGGCGGAGGGAAGAGGCGUCGGUCAGCCUCCUGCUGCCGGGAGAGGGGGACAUUGGUCCUGCAGCGAUGUCUGAGAAAGGACGCGGCCGGGGGAGAGCGCAAUUCACGUUCAACAUCGAAGCCAUCGGCUUCUCCAGAGGCGAGUCUCUACCUGACACUGGGUGCCAGCCUCUCCCUUUAUUCCCGCCCACAGAAUUUAAGCCUGUCCCCUUGAAUACAGGGGAAGAUGUGAACUAUAUCCUAGCCUUGAAGCAGGAGCUAAGGGGAGCCUGCAAGAAACUGCCUUACUACAUGGAAGCUGCUAUUGAAAAGAAAGAUGUUGAAAGGUAUACACAGAAGUAUAUGAAAAAGGAUAACAACAAGAAAUGGACACCAGAUUGGAGAAGAUUUCCAAGGGAGCUAAAGCCAAGAAUGAAAAUGUUAAAAAAAGCAAAAACUGGUACAGAUGUACCCUCAGUCUCUAAAAUGAAUAGUCCAAAAGUUGUGGUUGACAAAUCUAAUGAGGACAUAAUCCAGAAACUGGAGGUUCUAGAGAAGAAAGAUACAGAAAAUAAAUCUGAUGAAGAAACUGAAGAGAAGGAGAAAGAAGAGGAGGAUGCGGAGGAUGAAGAGUACAAUGAGGAGGAGUUUGAAGAGGAAAAUGACUACAUUGCAUCAUACUUUGAGGAUGGAGAUGAUGAUGCAGCUAGUGACGAUAACAUGGAUGAAGCUACAUACUAGCAGUGUCAGGCAUUCGGUGUAUUUAAAACACUGUGAAACUGUUCAACAAUGUUGUUUUAACAUUCCUCAGGUCAUUGCAAAAUCCUGUUUUGGACUUGCAAAGGAAAUCAAAUAACAAAAAAUCUUGUUUACAAUGAAGAUAAAAGGGUUGCGAUGAGGCUAAAAUGAGCAUAGAUCAGAUCUAGGCACCUCAGACGUUCAUUGGAUAGUAAAUUGAUGGUAAUAGAUCUUGUUUAUUGGGCUAGCAUUGAUGUACCAUUAUAUAAUUAUGCACUUGUGAGAAAAAUAUGUUGCAAAAAUUAUUUUUAUUGAAGAAAAAUACUUCAGAGAAGCAUGUUAAAAUAUCGUCAUAUGCAAGUUGGAAGCUGACAGGUUUGAGCAGCAAUUUUAUUAAUUAUUUUUAAAGCAAUCCUCGGUAUUUAUGAAUCUUAAAAUCAUGUCGAUGGACGUGUACUAUUUUUGGUGCUAGAAUGUAUCUGCUCUCUUUGCUGGUUCUGACUUCACUGGCAUGAAUGAAUGACCAAAGCAAUAGGUUUGAAUAAAAACAGAAAAUGCUGGAAAUUUGCAGCAGGCCAGCCGGUAUCUGCGGAGAAAGAAACAGUUCACAUUUUGGUUUAAUGAACUUCAUGUUAGGUUUGAAUAAGACUGAUUCAUUCUGACUGAAACUUUACUUAGGAGUGCUUCAGCUAUUCACAGUAGUUGAAAACCAUUAUCAAAUGAGGAAUAUUAUAAAGAAAUGCAAUCACGUUUACAGAGCCAACUGCCUUCAAUGCCCAGGCAUGUAACCUACCUCUUAAAUUAUGACUGCACAGGUAUGACUUUGAGUAAUUCAAAUCUCCAGCUUCACAUCACAUUUUCUGUGCAAUUGUCUAUAAAUUGCAUUAGAAGCAAUGUCUUAGAAACCAUUUUUCAAAAAAAAACAGUCCACUUCCCUAAGUAAUUCUCUUCAAGUCUUAUUUCCCAAUGUUAAAUGCAUCAAACUGUCCCAAGCACUACUACAUAUGGCUAUCCCUUGAGUUGUUAAUGCAUUUCCAUUUAGGAUCAGCAUUUAUUUUCUUAUGUUUACCCAAUAUUCAGUCCACUUCAGAAGCUCACUUCUUAUUGUUUGCCUUCCUGUUUUGAAAACUAAUUGCUCGUGUUUUGUUCUCAGCCACAGAAAGUUGUGGUAAUGUGAUGUUCCAAAGUAUGCUCCAAACAACAAUUACUUUUGAAAUGUAGUUAAGAUUGUCUUCUAGGAAAGCGUGACAGGGCCUUUUGAACAACAAAUGUACUAAGGGUCAAAAUAAUUCAUUUUUGAGUUAUUGGAUACAUUUUGGAUGAAAAUUAUACUGGGGGGGGGGGGGGGACUCACUGAUGAUGUCUUUUUCCCACAUUCAUUUUUGGAUUACAAACUUCAAUUAGAAUUGAUAACUUUUUUUGAAGGUGUACUUUCAACUGCUAACUGUUAGUUAUCUUUUGAAUAAAACAUGGUAUGUUUCAGUUUAAUUCCCUCUUCCAACAUAAAUCUGCACAUGUGCAUUGAACAAAUUUGUGGAUGGAAAAAUGUGAUGUGACUGGGACUAAAAUUACUGUGAUUAAACUUGAAGAAAGUGCAGUAUAAUUUUGCCUGAACAUUUUUAAUUCUUUUGUCCUUGAAGAAAAUAGCUUAUUUGCCUUUGAUUUUAUAUAGUACAUUGCAUACCUUGUGCCUAAUAAAUUAUUGGUGUUUAUAUAAAGUUUACCAACAAUAUGAAAUAUCUGAAUAUCUUAUAAUUAUUAUUUAGAGUGACUAUUAAUAAUAAAUUUGUUUCCAUGAUGUAAACUGAAUCAACUGUUGUAAUAUACUAAUAUCUGACUGUUGCAAAUAAAGUAUUUAAGCACUGG